GAUCAGACGAAGCUUUUGAGGGACUGUUUAAAAUGGGGCAUUACCAUCAUUGCAUUGAGGGUAACUCGAAAAAACGCUUACAGUCCCUUUAUUUUGAAAACAAUGAAAUGGAAACCUUUUAAAUGUUUCAGAUACCAGGAAAUUGAGACAAUCUCAUAAAUUGAUCAAUAAAUCAUUCAAUCAACCAAUCAAUCAAUCAAUCGACCCUACAUAUCCCGUUUUCUUGAAGAACACCGUGAACCCCUGAACCUGCCUCAAGAUGAUGAUGCUCAAGAUGAUGAUGCCGUCAAUGCCGAAGAUGCCAGGAGGGGAUGAGAAAAAAGAGGAAACAGCAGAAAGUAAAGAAGAAGCAGCAGAACAGGAGAGAUUAAGGCAAGCUGCGAUAAAGGAGAAGGAGAAGGAGAGAAGGGAACAUUAUCAGAAACAGAGAGAUGUCGCUAAAUCAGAGAGAUCGAAGAUCAGAGAAAAGUAUAAGCUAGAUGCUACCCCUGAACCUAGCGACGAGGAGGAGGAAAGUGAGGAUGAUGAGGAUGAUGGAUUCGGUUCAUCCAAGAAGAAGGAUGAGGAUCUAGACCCAGCAGCAAAAGCUAAGGCGUUGGCUGAGAAACAGAUGAAUGAAGCAAUGGCGAUGGCGCAGGGCAAAUGUGUUCUUCAAUAAACCAGAAAUAUAUAUCGAAGAAAAAUCUCAAAAUAGACCAGCAUCAGCUCUCAUAGGAAUCAAAUACUCAAUGGGUUGGGCCUUCAGGCCUUUAAGGGUGAGAAUAUGAAAAUUUAAAUAUUUGUUUUUUUUCGCCGCAAAUAAAAUCCAAUUGCCGAGUCUAAUUUAUUUAUUCAUAAAAUUAGAUAAACACCCCAAAAAUUGUUAAUUGCGAAAAGAUCCUUGAUUAAAAUAUUAUUUUCUCCAGAUAACAUCUCAAUUUACUCCCAACUGAUAUAAUUAUAUCAUAAAUAUAAAGAUAAUUGAUACAAUUCUUAAGUAAUCUAUACCAUAACCAGAGGCGUCUUCAGGGGGGGGGCCUAUUGGGGCUAAGCCCCCCCGGGACCAUUGACAUCUAUUGAUUUCAGGGGAUUUUCAUGCCCCAAUGGGUGCUGAGUCUCCCCACCUGGAAAGAACACUUUUUUAAGCCCACCUGAACAAAUUCCUGAAUACGCCCCUGACCAUAACAUGGUUCGGAUCCCCCCCCCCCUCAUUUACAAAACUUCCAGUUUCGGCCUGGUUGUUAAGACAGGGGAAAUAUUAUUUUUAAAAGUUCUAUUUUCUCCUUGACUAUAUAUUUACCAAGAUAUAUUGAUAUUACCUAUUAUUAUCUUAUUUGAGAGGAGGGGUGGGGGACCCCUCCUCUCAAAUAAGAUAAUAAUUCUUUUUAACCCCCCGGCUCACCCAAUCAAGUGAAACCUCCUCGGCUCUCAAUUUUCAUAAAUCAGAAUGCAUUUAAAUUCUUGGAUUUCAGGUCUAAGAACAAGGUUAUCUAAACUGCAUUUUUAUGCAUAGAUAUCAUAAAAUAUUGUGCUUACAAUCUUUAGAAAACUAAAGAUAUUAAUCCGUUAGUAGAGACUUUGGGGUUUAAAUAAGAACUUACCCAAUCUUUGAUUUUUCUUCACCAAAAAGGAAGAAAUUAAGAAAAU